AUGCUUAAGCCAAAGGUCAUUGCUCAAGUCCUCCGACAAGCAACCCGUGAUGGUGUGAAGGCAUCCCUGCUGAUGACUAGCGAGGGCUCUCUUCUAGCUUUUGCCGCUGACAACGACAGGAGUGCAAAGAUAUACGCCGCCAUUGCAGCCAAUGUCUGGAGCACAUACAAACAGCACUGCUCAUCUGAGACCUUUCUAAAGGGUGAUCAGACAGGAGGUCUUCGUUUUAUUCUUAUGCAGUGUGAAGCUCAGGCACUGGCCCGCCAUUUGGAAGAACCUCUUAUGAGAGUGGCUUCUUAUCAAAACUAUGACAAUUCCACUUAA